UGGGGCAUGGUGAAGGAGUGUGAAUCAAAGGCAGGCAUGAAGGUAAAGAAGGGGGCAUGACACGUGGACAAAUCAACAGCGGAAAUCAAGGAUCAAACACACCACAAAGGAGAGAUAAUCGCUUAUAAAGAAGAAAGAAGCUGGGAAAGAGAGGGGGUAUAGUGUUUGUGAAUAUUGUAGCCGGUCUGGAGCCUGGUUAGAGGUCAGUUUCAUCGUUCCGACUGCUGCUUCAAUUGGACGGAUGUCUUACUAAUUGAAAGUAUAGAUCUAUAUAUAUAUAUAUAUAUAUAUAUAGCAUAUCAAUGAAAACAAAGCACUGAAGAGAUGCAGACAGAAAUAAUUCUGAGCUCUGGAGGAAAAAUGCCGAUCCUCGGCAUGGGAACCGCAGCAUAUCCAAUCCCCCAACCAGAGCUUGUCGAGAUGGCAAUCUUUGAAGCCAUGAAACUCGGCUACCGUCACUUUGAUACCGCGAGUCUCUAUCAAUCUGAGCAGCCUCUUGGCCAAGCUAUUUCUCGAGCUAUUCGAAGCGGUAUCAUUAAAGACCGUGCUGAGCUCUUCAUCACCACCAAACUUUCCGUUGCCGAUACUUACCCAGGUGCAGUAGUGCCAGCACUUCGCAAAUCUCUCAGUGAGCUCAGCAUCGAAUAUGUCGAUCUUUAUUUAAUUCAUGCUCCAAUGAGAGUGAGAGGGGAGAAGAGGUAUGUGUUCACAAAGGAAGAUGUGAUGCCAUUUGAUUCAAAAGGUACUUGGGAGGGAAUGGAACAGUGUUAUGAGCUUGGCUUGGCAAAAUCCAUUGGAGUUAGUAACUUCCCAAUUGAUAAGCUCAAGCUUCUUCUUUCUCAUGCUCAGAUUCCUCCUUCAGUUAAUCAGGUGGAAAUGCAUCCUCUUUGGCAACAACAAGAGUUGAUAGAUUUUUGUCAAAAAAACUACAUUCAUGUUAGUGCUUAUUCUCCACUCGGCGGCAUUGGAAGUUUUUGGGGUAAUCGUGAAGUACUGCAUUUGAAAGAGAUUGAAGAAAUUGCUCGAACUAAAGAAAAAACAGUUGCUCAAAUUUGCUUGAGAUGGGCAUUGGAGCAAGGGGUGAGUGUAUUACCGAAGAGUUUCAACAAAGAGAGAUUAGAAGAGAAUAAGGACAUAUUUGGGUGGAGGUUAAGUGAAGAUGAGGUGCAAAUUAUUAGUUUAAUUCCACAAUUAGUGGGAGAUGAUGCUUCACAUGGCCUGGCUAGGCCAAUUAGUCAAGAUAUAAAUGUUUAAAUGUCUUAAUCAAUGUCCCCGUGAUGUUGUUAUUUUAAGUUAUAAAGAGAUUGUGAUGAUCCUGAUUAUGAAUAAGCUAUGAUUUCUUUGAGGAUUUUUUAUUUGUA